AUGCAAGGCUCCGUUGGUUUCGGGGGAGCAAUAGCGUCUUCUUUAGAAGGUGAUCGUGAGGGCCUAGCUGGAAGUGCGAAGCCGGUGGAUGGUGCGGCUAGUGCCAGGGUGGCUACAAUAAAAAAUGGAGAUGUGAGAAAUGGCGACUCCAGAGACAGCGAGUUCAGCAAUGUGAAUCUCGGAUCUGUGAGCGUUGUUUCUGACGAACCACCCAGUGGAAGAAAGAUUGGCGCUGGCCAUUCCAGGGAGCCCUCAGAGUCCACCUACAGUUUCCUGGAUUUCUACACUUCCAACGGAAGUCCCCCGCGGGAAGACGAAUCCAAGAGGGAAGAACCUGUUCAAGAGGAACCGUUUUUGGUAGUUUCGAAGCGCGGAGAAGAACCUGACGAUGCGAGAUUAGGUUCCACCAAGGCCAUACCGAAGAGAACAGAGUCUCUGAUGUCUACGAGAACAUCGCGAAAUUCGGCCGAGAGGAUUCGAAGCAAUAUUGAGUCAGAUCUGAAAAGCAGUUCAGCAUCUCACCUGCCUUCGGUGAAAAACACUGGGCAGCUCAAGAGAACAUCCUUCCUGACCAGUGAUAGAGAUAGAUACGGCUUCAAGAAAACAAGCAACCACAUAUCGGAAUCCAAGUAUAAUGCUUGGUGGAAGGAAUAUUCGGUUUAUGUGGUACGCAGGAAGAUGAAGUGGGAGAAGUUUAUGAAUAAGAGUGGUUUAUCUGGCCAUUCUUCAGGAGCAUCUUUCAAGGCGCCGUCUCGGUUCCCCCCAAAGUCUGAUGACCUCAAGAGGUUUGUUAGAAAGGGAAUACCCGCAGAAUGGAGAGGGAAUGCUUGGUUCUAUUUUGCGAAGGGACCUGAGAAAUUGAAGGAAAACAAGGGAAAGUACGACCGUCUCGUAGAAGAGACGUUGAAUCUGGUGAAUGAAAAUACAGAGGCUAUCGAGAAAGAUUUGCACAGAACGUUUCCAGAUAACAUCUACUUCACCAACAAGACAUCUGUUAACCAGGAAACUGGUCUGGUAGAGGAGUCCGAGUCUCCUCUCAUACAGUCAUUGCGUAGGGUGCUCUACUGUUUCUCGCAACACAACCCUGCCAUUGGCUAUUGCCAAUCUAUGAACUUCAUCGUUGGGUUGCUACUGAUAUUUAUGGAGGAAGAAAAGGCGUUUUGGAUGCUGGUAAUCAUCACUGAGCGUCUUUUGCCUGGGAUCCACGAUAUCAACCUUGAAGGUGUGAGCGUUCACCAGGGUGUCCUCCUAACAUGCAUCAAACAGUACCUACCACAAGUCUGGACAGUCAUCAACUCCACGAUAAAGGACAAGCAAAACACUGACAUUCUAUUAGAUUUACCGCCACUAUCAUUCUGCACUACGAGUUGGUUCAUGAGCAUUUUCAUCGGGGUAUUGCCUAUAGAAAGCACAUUAAGGGUAUGGGACUGUCUAUUUUACGAGGAUACAAAGACCCUGUUUAGGAUAAGUCUGGCAAUUUUCAAGAUUCUGGAACCGUCCUUGAUAUCGGCUGCGCAAACAGCCAAGAGUCGCCAUAGGCAUUCCAGUCGUUCGAGCAUUUACAGCAAUGAUUCAGACGAUGCAGACAUGGUGACGGCCGAGCUGUUCCAGUUGAUCCAAAACACGCCAAAAACACUUCUUGAUGCAAACUCGCUCAUGGAAACGUGUUUCAAGAAGUACAACGGGUUUGGACACGUUUCGCAGGACGAGAUCAACAACUGCAAGAAGUACGUUGCCAAUAAAAGACAGAGGUAUCACGAGAUGAUACAGAAAAGAACCUCGGCUUUUGGAUCAGACGUCGAUCGCCGCGCGCUUUCUGAAGAGGAGCGUCGGAGAUUGUUGGCAGAAUCCAUGGGAUUGUAUGCUGAUAAGAAGGUCGGUCUUCGGGCUUCGAAUUGGAAUGGAAGGUUGAGCGGAAGGGUCAAAAGGAUACAGAGCAGGCUCAGUUGA